AUGGAGCUCCAACGCCAAAGUCAGAUAACUGCAGGUCAACCCAUAAGAUGCAAAGCUGCCAUAGCUAGAAAAGCAGGGGAGCCACUAAUCAUUGAAGAGAUUGAAGUAGCUCCUCCUAAACCCUGGGAAGUUCGAAUCAAGAUUCUAUGCGCAUCCCUUUGCCAUACCGAUGUUACCUUCUGGAAAAUGUCUCAAGGCCCUGUUGCAUUUUUCCCAAGAAUCUUUGGCCAUGAAGGAGCAGGCAUUGUGGAGAGUGUGGGAGAGAAUGUGGAGGAAAUGGAAGCAGGGGAUAUGGUAAUACCGACAUUUCAAAGGAAUUGUGGGGAAUGCAGAGACUGCAAAUCUCCAAAGGGGAAUCAUUGCUCAAUAUUUCCCGAUGAAAUCUUCAAGGGGAUGCCGAGGGACGGAACCAUCAGAUUCUCCGACGUGAAUGGCCGGCCGGUGAACCAUUUCUUAGGCGUGUCCUGUUUUGCAGAGUACACAGUGGUCGACAUCACCCAUGUUGUGAAGAUGAGCUUGCCAAUCCCCAUUGAUAAAGCUUGCUUGCUUAGUUGUGGGGUUUCUACUGGACUUGGUGCAGCGUGCAAGUUUGCAGAAGUAGAAGAGGGUUCUACAGUUGUAAUUUUUGGCCUUGGAGCGGUUGGACUCGCGGUUGCAGAAGGUGCAAGAAUAUGCAAAGCCUCAAGAAUAAUUGGCGUUGACAAGAAUCCGGCGAAAUUCGAAAUUGGAAAGAAAUUUGGAGUGACGGAUUUCAUCAACCCAACUGAUUGUACAGAAAAAUCAGUGAGCCAGGUGAUUCAAGAGAUGACAAAUGGAGGAGCUGAUUACUGCUUUGAGUGCAUUGGAUUAGCAUCUUUGGUAGCUGAUGCUUUUAGCAGUUGUCGACAGGGAGGAGGAAAGACAGUUGUACUUGGGUUGGUGAAUGAUGGCUCACCAAUAAGCAUCAAUCCCUAUGAGAUUCUUACAGGAAAAUCUAUAAUGGGAUGCUUUCUUGGAGGAAUCAAACCUAAGUUAGACAUCCCAAACUUCGCAAAAAUGUUCUUAGAUCAUGAGCUUAAUUUGGAUGGAUUUAUCACACAUCAAGUUGAUUUUGUGGAUAUUAACAAGGCAUUUGAUCUACUCCUCCAAGGGAAAAGCCUGCGAUGCACUAUCUGGAUGGACAAAUUAUACUCUCGACAAUACUGA